AUGGCGACAGUGCCGGCAGAGGCCCAAUGCCCAGUCUGUCGAGACUACCUGAGAGACCCUUUCUCUGUAAAGUGUGAUCACAACUUCUGUCGGUCCUGCAUCGAUCUUGCCUGGCAGUAUCAGGAUGCCACGUUCCGUUGCCCAUCGUGCAGACAGCCACACCAGGAUAAAAUGUUAAGGAACAACAGUCAACUGAGAAAUAUAUUGCAUGAAGCCAAGUUACACUACAAAACAAGCAAGAGGGAGAGAGAGAUGCCUCAGUGCAAGGAACACAGUCAGGAGCUGAACCAUUUCUGUGAGGAUGACCGAAGUGUAUUAUGUCACAUCUGUAACAAAGACCACUGGGGUCACAACGUGAAGCCUCUAGAGGAUGUUACUUCUAAUCAAAGGAGAAGGCUCAGAGGUUACUCUCUGUUCCUGAAGAAGCAAUUGAAACUCUAUGAAAGUCUCUGUGUCACGCAAAAGAAAUCUGAAGAACAGCUGAGUGGGAUGAUUGCAAAGGCGAGGCAAAAAUUUUGUUUUGAAUAUGAAAUUGUGAACCAAUUUUUCGACUGGAACCAACAAGUCUAUCUCUUCAGGUUAAUUGAUGAUUUGAAUCAUAUUCAACAAAAUAUUCUUACAGAUCAAAUGGCAGUUUUAGAAUACAGUGCUACCUACGCUAGUGUCGGCAAGGAAGCGGUCGAUAUGAGCGUGAUGUUGGAUGAUGUGAAAUUGCUGACAGGCCUCAAGAGGAUCUAUGUCAUGUGUGAAGAUCAUACGCCCCCGUCGCUCUCUUCCAUCCAGUUAAGGGAGGAAUUCAGCUUUCCGGUGAACUCCUGGUACAUAUACCCACCUCUGGAGGAAAUUAAAAAGAACUUUCAAAGACAGGUGACUCUGGAUCCUGAAACAGCACAUCCUAAUCUGGUCGUAUCUGAGGACAAAACGUCUGUGACAUUUGUGACUGGAAAGAAAAUACUUCUUCCUACUCUGAAGAGAUUUAGCAUUUCCCCAGUGAUCCUGGGAUCUGAAGCCUUCAGUACAGGCAGACAUUAUUGGGAAGUUAGAGUGAAUGACAAGCCUGAAUGGAUGGUGGGA